AUGGAGCGAGCCCGCAGGCUCAUCUCAGACUCUGUGGCAUACGAGCGUCUGGAAGACUCCGUGGAGGAUGAUACUGAUAUAGAACACCCUCAGUCUCAGCCGCAGUCACGCUUUUCGCGACUUGAAUAUGGUGUGUUCUUUCUAUUGGGAAUAAGCAUGCUAUGGGCGUGGAAUAUGUUAUUAGCUGCUGCACCUUAUUUCCACCAACGCUUCGAGUCAAAUGAAUGGACUUCGACCCACUACCAGCCCUCCAUCUUGUCCGUCUCGACGGUCACCAACCUUAUUUCGGCAUAUACCCUCGCCAGAGUGCAGAAGAACGUCUCUUACCCUUGGCGGGUGACGCUCGCGCUGUUAAUGAAUUGCUUUUUCUUCACGCUUCUUGCAUUUUCUACGAUCGUGUUCACAGGCGUUUCGGCUAAGGGAUACUUUGCCUUCUUGAUGGUGAUGGUCUGGGGUGCCAGCCUGGCCACGGGUAUCAACCAGAAUGGAGUCUUUGCAUACGCUUCGAGCUUUGGCAGGGAAGAAUAUACGCAGGCAAUCAUGAGUGGCCAAGGUGUGGCCGGAGUAUUACCUUGCAUUGUCCAGAUUAUCUCUGUGCUGGUAGUACCCAAAAAGGCCAACGGUGAUCACGGGUCUCAGGCAUUGUCAUCAAAGUCUGCCUUCAUCUACUUUAUAACUGCCACAGGUGUGUCAGUGAUGACAUUACUCGCGUUUCUUCAUCUACUCCGAAAACGCCCUGAUCUGCAACCUAAGUCUACGCAGGAAGAGAAUGCAGCGCUAGUCGACGAUAGCCGUGUGCAUGAUAAGACCGUGAGCUUGUGGACACUCUUCAAGAAGCUUCGAUAUCUAGCCAUUGCGGUUUUCCUAUGCUUCACAAUCACCAUGCUGGCAUUCCCGGUCUACACCUCUACAAUCUUGUCAGUCAAUGACCCGGAGAAAUCACGGAUAUUUAGCUCGGCCGUCUUCAUCCCAUUGGCAUUUUUGUUCUGGAAUUUAGGAGACCUUGGUGGAAGGUUGCUCGUGGUAAUCCCAGGGCUCUCUCUUGGCCAUCGUCCGUGGGUCGCUUUUGUUUUCUCCGUUGCACGUAUUGGAUUUAUUCCGCUUUAUCUGUUCUGCAAUGUGAAAGGCAAUGGGGCUCUUGUGUCCAGCGACUUUUUCUACCUUUUCGUUGUGCAGCUUCUCUUCGGAGUUACGAACGGGUAUUUGGUUUCCAGCUGCAUGAUGGGUGCGGGCCAUUGGGUGUCUCCCCACGAGCGGGAAGCUGCAGGUGGAUUUAUGAGCAUGAUUCUGGUCGGUGGUUUGACGGCUGGUAGCUUAUUGAGCUUCUUGGUGGCCAAUUAA